UACUCAUCCUCAUUCCAAGCCUGAUAUAAAUAGCUGGGUGAUUAUGGCGACUAUGUCAAUGGUAAUUUCGAGCACGCCGGAAAUAUAUUUGAUGAUAUGAGGCUCCUUGACAUCGAUCCCACGGACUCAGCCUAUUUCCCCGUGGUCUCCCACGUAUUUAGCUAUUGGGGGCCAAUGAGUAGUCUGGACGAUCGUGCUGUGGCACACCAUGACGAGGGCGCACACCUGGCGCUGCAUGAAUCAAAAGGCCUCUCGCUUCCCAUCAACGAACGUUUUGUGCUGUUGCUGAAAGCGUUGUCUACCCGUGCUGCAGGCAAACACUUGGUCAUAACAGUCAUACAAUGUAACGGGUUCUAUCGAGUUGACAGGAAUGGUUUUAGGGCCAGUUCAGCCUUAGACAGCGGGAUUUACUCCACAGAGCCACGGAUUUUGACUCCACUAUGUACUGUCGCAAGCCCGCAAGUUUGGCAAAGAGAACCGCCUUUUAUACAGAGAAGGAGACAAUUCCAAAGCAUUCGGGAGCACUUUUACGCCCUCAUGCAUAUGCAUCAGUCUACAGGUCCUGGAGCCCGUCAUAAGUCUGCGAGUAGACAGAAGAAAGAUAGAGCGAUCAAAUUCUUCUCAGACAUGUUUGGUCUGCAGCCUCUGAGAAAUUACGUCGGAAAAAUAACAUUCUUCGAAAGGCUCUCCGGGAUGAUGACAACUACUGCGGAAGGGCAUGGCUUACUAGCAUCCUUAUUUAUGGGCAGCCGGCAAUCCCGUGUCGCACAGGACCCGCGCCUUGAAGUUGUGUUACCUCUCUUGCGUGAGCGGUGCCAAAUUCUUUGUGCAGAGGAUGACGCCCCACCUCGGUAUGCUGAUGAAAAGCAGAAAGUGGACCGCGAGUUGGAGUCCAUAUCGCAGACUCUGAGUGCCUGUCUACUCGAUCACAUAGAUACCACCUUUUCCGAUGCUUCGUUUUUCCAUCGUUUAAUGCCUCCCGGUUCUAGACAACCAGACCCAGAGAGCCGGAUUGAAUAUGACAGGCAACUCGACUCUCGGUCCAUGGUACAAGAGAUAGAUGUACUCCAAGCAAGACUCGAUGAAGUAAGGGACGACGACGAACAACGAGCGUUAGAGGAGGAUAUCACAGGAAAGAUCCUGUGGUUCUGUUGGUGUGGGAUCUGCGCAGAAGUGGACCAACUAUUACCACAGGCAAGCCAUCUCUCCCACUUCUAUUUCCAUAUACGCCACUUGACAUGGUUCAGGUUGUGAAUUACAUUCGGAGGGAAGGAAACAUAGAAGUAAGUGGUAUCACACGCUAGAACGUAGCAACGUCAUCGCCGUCAGCAGGGAUUACAGGAAAUUUACUCGGCUAUACGUUCAUUAACCGACUCAGGUGAUGAUCAAGCUCACUUGCAACGGAUCAUGUUUGAUGCAGGGGCGGGUACAUCGAAACAUCAACUACUACUUGAUGCUCGAGCUGCAGAGCAAGCCAAGUGGUCCGGUACAUCCACUCCGA